CACCAAGCUAAGAAGAUACUUGCGCUGGAACAGAGGUGAAGAGAGAGUAUCUUAAAAAAUUACAUUGAAUAUAUCAUGUAUGUUGUGUUUUUUGAGACACAUAAUGUAUUCAAUGUAAAUGGGGGUGACUCAAGGUAAAAUUAUUUUACAUUCUAUUGCCCUCCAAUUAAAUGCAUGUAUCAAGUAAUGCAUUCCUUGCGGACUUAAUAUUGCAGACUUCAGGCCACAACAUUUAUGUAAUAUAAUUGAUGCAUGAAUUAAAGUUAACUUGAACUUAGUGAUAUAUUUUUCUUAUAUUACCAGUGCCCAUUUAGAAAUUGAUGCAUAACUCGCAGUUAUUCUUUAACGAAUGCCAACUACUUCAAUGUAGAGCUGAAACAUGCAUUAACCAAUAUACGAAUUAAAAAUAAUAAAACCUCUUCAGGCAUUCACACAACAAAAUACCAUCUGCCCGUCGAUCGGCAGUUACUAUAAUGAGCAGAAUUAUUUGGCUGCAAACGUGAGCACAAUGAGCCUUCAGAAACAUUGCUCUCUAAAAAUUUCUGCCUUGUUUGACGAAAUCAGGGACAAGUCAUGCUGCAGAACAGGCUUUCUGGUCGUGUAAGUAACCUUUGCCCGAAUUAAACAAAACUUGGCAGCCGCCUAUGAUUGGCCACAACUGAAGUUGUGAUCUUCCCUCCUACAGGCAAAGAUCCGGGUCGAAAUAUAAGGAAGCUGAUGUGGCUAACUCUGCCUCAGUCCUAGAAUUUGGGUUGUUUUGUACUAACCUCUCACUGGUAAGUGUAACAAAGAAGCGAGUUGUGGAUAUUUAAUACAAUAGGAUUCUAGCUGUGCUAUUGUUCUUGGUUGUAUUAUUGAGUGCAGCACUGAUCAUUCUUAAUUGUGUGUGCAUCUCACGGGGGACAGAGAAUUUGGUAGGAUCUAUUCUCUAAACAGCAAAUUGUAGUGAACAGAGAAACUGACGAGGUUAUGCACUAAAGUGAGAAUUUAAAGUGUGUUUUGACCAAAUUUAAGGUCAAAAUAGCUGAGCUGGAAAAACAUCUAUGUCAGCUAUGCUUUCAGUUUAGCUACUUUGGCCUUAACUUCAAAAUUCACUUAGAAUUCUCACUUCAGUAAAUAUACCUGUUUAAUGCAAAAAGUGAGCUGGGAAAAAGUUUUCUAAUUCUGCUGGUUCCUUGACUAUACUCACCUGAAUUUUGCAAUUUGAUUUCUUUUCCAGAAUAACCAAAUUUCAAAAAUCUGAUUUGUAGCAAAUUGAAAACUGAAAUUCAAAAUGUAGGCAAAAUCAGCUGGAAAAAAAUUCUGACUUGGCAAUUGUCACAGACUAUUUUAGCCUUAACUGUGGCAUUUGGAUUUCCAUUUGCUGCAUUUUGUCGUUUAGUGAAUAAUCCUGAAUGAGCACCAGAGUAUAAUAUUGAAAUUCCAAGGGGUCAUGGUAAUCUUAAAUUAUCCAAUUUCUCUGCCAGUGCUCAUGUGAGGUGCUGUCAGACACUCAUUUUUUUUAAAACCAUUUUUAUUUCCUUCGAUGUCACAUGCUUGACAGACCAUAAGUACCUUGUUAACCCCUUAAGGACAUAUGUCACAUGUCAUGAUAACCUUUUAUUCCAGAAGUUAGGUCCUUAAGGGGUUAAAUCUAUUAUUUAAAACAAAAACAAAAAAAAAAUAUUUUGUUUAUAGGGCAAAGAAUCCCAUGAUUGCUAUCAUUUCUAUCAUGCAUGACUGUCUUUGCAAUUAUGCUCUCUAUGUGAUACUCUACAUGUCUAAGGGAUAGUUAUUUUAUUUUUUUAUAUGCAAUAUUCUAGAUAUAUAUAUAUAUUUUUUUUUAUUUUUUUUUUAUUUUUUUUUUUGCCUUGUGAUUUUCACAAUGGAUGGGUCAUUUACAUGUACCUUUUGUACACAGUGUUCAUUCCUCUGCUGAAUGCCAGGUUGGAACAUGUCUGGUUACUUGUUAUCUAGGGGCAAUAAUUAACCCAUCAUCUAUGAACUAUGUCCCAACCAGCCUUCUAUUUGAUAGACAAAUAAGUGUAUGUCAAUGAAAAGUUGUUUACUGUAGGGUUUAUUUGAAAGCUGAAUGGCAAAAAUAGCUGAUCUGGAAAACCUCCAACUCUUCUAAAGUUGCCACAAGGCUUCUGUGCUGCUGACGUUUCAGUGUGUUACAUUUCAGAGCUUUGAAUAAUGACCCUUAUAUCUAUUAGUUCUAGAUAUGCAUCAUUAAUAAUACGAACCUUAAAAUAUGACAACUUAUAUGUAUUACUUUUAACAGGCAAAAUCAAUAUGACUCCCCAACAUCAAGCACUCACUCCAGAGCAGAAAAAGGAAUUGUCAGAGAUUGCUCAGCGUAUAGUUAAGGAUGGAAAAGGAAUCCUGGCAGCAGAUGAAUCAGUUGGUAAGAUUUUUUGGUUUAAUUAAGUUAUGUUUUUUUUUUUGUUUCUUGUUAAUUAAUUCAUUUAUAUCUGCCCAGACCAGGGCCAAACAUUCUUUCUCCACUGCCGCAUAAACUCACUUCCCGAGGUAGUAACUUUCUGCUGAGGUAUGCGACAGGGUGCUUUCCUCCAUCCCCCCCUGACCUGGCCCAGUCCAUACAUAGAAGCAUCUGUAUUAACGGGAAAGCGUUUGUUAGGGACUGGGGCAGCCAAGUCAGGGGCGUUCACAAGAGCCUGCUUCAGUGCCUGAAACGCGGCUUCACAAGCUGGAGACCACAGGACCUGCUUAGGGAGAUUCUUUUUAGUCAGGUUAGUCAGGGGCUUGGCGAUAGUGCUGUAGUCAGGGUCAAAACGUCAGUAGUACCCUGCCGUCCCCAAGAAGGCUAGCACAUGGGUCUUAGUGAUAGGUGUGGGCCAGUUAGCCACUGCCUCUACCUUGGCGGGCUCCGGUCUCUUGCUCCCACACCCCACUCUGUGACCCAGGUACUGCACUUCAGCCAUACCUAGAUGGCACUUCUCUGGCUUCAAUGUCAGGCCAGCGGCCUGAAUCUUAUCCAGCACUACCCCUACAUGGACCAGGUGUUCCUCCCAGGACUCACUGUAGAUAGCAAUGUCAUCCAGGUAUGCACAAACAAAUUCCUGGAAGCCAUCGAGGAGUCUAUCCACCAUACACUGGAAGGUAACCGGGGCAUUUUUCAUCCCAAAUGUCAUGACCUUAAAUUGGUACAGGCCAAACGGGGUGACAAAUGCCGACUUGGGGAUCGCAUCCUCAGCCAGGGGAAUCUUCCAAUAGCCCUUACACAGGUCUAUGGUGGUCAGGUAGCGUCCCCUGGCAAUACGGUUUAACAAUUUGUCUACCCGGGGCAUCGCGUAAGCGUCAGUGGAGGUCCGCUCGUUGAGCCACCUGUAGUCCACAAAGAACCGGGUGGUCCCAUCUUUCUUAGGCACCAGAACUACUGGUGAGGACCAAGGGCUAUCGGAGUGUUCGAUGACCCCAAGCUGGGUCAUCUCCUGUAUCUCCUUCCGCAUUCCUUCUCGGACUGCUUCAGGAAUACGGUGGGGGGGCUGUCGCAGGGGGUUCUGUCCAGGGGUCUCUAUCUUAUGUACAGCUAGGGUAGUGUAGCCGGGCUCUUGGGAGAAUGUCGCCUACUUCUCCCACAGAAGCUGCUUCGCCUGUACCUUCUCUGUGUGGCUUAACCGGUCCCCUAGCUGCACAAGGCUAGUAAGGUCAGUCUGGGGGUCCCUCUCUAGCAAAUCGGGAAGGGUUCUCUGGGUCUUCUGCAGCAGGGGCACACACUGCAGCGCCAUUCUCCGGUCUCUCCUGAUACUUCUUCAGCAUGUUCACAUGAAAGGAUCGCUGGAUCCUUUCAUCUGCACAGCUGGCUAUAGUAUAUGUAGUAUCACAUACCUGAGCUAACACUGUAUACGGGCCCUGCCAAGAUGCUUGCAUCCUGUUCGCCUUCACAGGCUUGAGCACCAAAACUUUUUGCCCAAUCUGGAAGAUCCACUGCCGGGCACCCCGAUCAUACACCUCUUCUGUCUCCCCUGGGCCGCCUGGAGAUUCUCUCUUACCAUCAGGGACAGUUUCUCCGUGUGAUCCCGUAGUUCCAGGACAUGUGGCACUAUGGGGGUCCCCUCCUGCUCUGUCUCUCCCUCCCAGUGCCCUCUAAUGAGAUCUAGGGGUCCGCGGACCCUUCUCCUAUAGAGUAACUCAAAGGGGGAGAACCCAGUAGAUUCCUGGGGCACCUCUCUGUAAGAAAAUAGCAGAUGAGGCAGGAACCUCUCCCAGUCUCUGCAAGUGUCAGUAAAGGUACUCAGCAUCUGCUUGAGGGUGCCAUUAAAGCGCUCACAGAGACCGUUAGUCUGUGGGUGAUAAGGUGAGCAAAGCAGCGGUUUGAUGCCGCACACCUCCACAGCUGCUGGGUGAGCACAGCGGUAAACUGGGUCCCCUGGUCGGAGAGAAUCUUCUUAGGGAACCCGACCCUAGUAAAAAUCUUACCCAGGGCAUCAGCAACCGUCUCUGCCUCUAUAUUAGACAGCGCUACUGCCUCUGGAUAAUGAGUGGCAUAGUCCACCAUGGUGAGAAUAUACUUCUUACCAGAUGGACUAGCCCUGGCCAGUGGACCCACAAUGUCAAUGGCUAUGCGGGAAAAGGGUUCCCCAAUAAUAGGCAUAGACAUAAGUCUAGCUUUUGAGUGGUCCCCCUGCUUUCCUACCCAUUGACAUGUGUCACAAGUACUACAGUAUACCCGCACAGGCUGAUUAAAAUUGGGCCAAAAUAAAUUCUGAGUGAUCCUAUGGGCUGUGCAGCGAGACCCUAGAUGUCCAGCUAAUGGCACAUCAUGCCCGAUCCGCAGAAUCUCCUGCUGGUAUUUCGCAGGCACCACCAGCUGUCGAUUCUGUGGAGGGGCAGCACUUUUCUGGGAAGGUUUAGGGAUUCUAUACAACCUGUCUCCCACCCACUCAUACCGUUCCCCAGCUACUCUUUCCUUUCUAGCAUAUGCCCUAGCCCUAUACUUCUGUAGAGUCGGGUCCGCCCGGGUUUCCCUCCAAAACUCCUCUGGGGUAUCCCAGCCUAAGGGGGCCUGAUCUAGGGUACAAGUCGGGGGAAGAGAGUCCUACCUGGGUCUCAGCAGCAGGCGGGCCGGCUCCGGCAGCACGGGUCUGGGCGCGUGUACUCACAGGGUUAACAUCAGCUGGACCCAUCGGAGCAUAGGCAGAAACAAGGGGGGCCUAUGCUCCAAUGGGAGGACAUCAGCGGGCAAAUCCUUCAUAACCCCCACAUCAACGUGUCUAGCGCCCACUCCCCAAUCCAAAUGUACCCGGGCAACAGGUAGGCGGAACACAGUGCCCACUGCUACCCUCACUGCCACAGUGUCUCCGGUGAGCUGGUGCUCUGAGACCAAGUCCUUUUGGAGCAGGGUCAUAGUCGCAUCGGUAUCUCGCAGACCGCUGACUAGUCUCCCAUUCAGCUUAACAGUUUGUCAGUGCUGGUGCCGGUUGUCCUGGUGGGCAGCUUGGACGGGGUCUGCCUCGUGUAGUAUGCCUUAAAAUUCCUCCUGCUCGAUACAGUGAGCAGCAGGCUGAGGGUUGCGUUGAUUCCCGCCGGCUGGUCUUCUCCAUGACCGUGCCUGGUUAGCGGUGUUCAGCGGGCACUCCAGUCUCUUGUGCCCCAGCUGCUUACACCCAAAGCAGCGGCUGGGCUGUGAGUAACCCCGCGCGUUGAACCGGCAUGGCUGGGCAUAGUUGGUAGCUGGCGGUAGUGUUGGAGUGCGGUGCGCCGGGGGUUGGUAGGCAGUCACGGCUGGGGGUGCUGCUGGUCUGUACUCCACUCUGGCAGGGACUUUAGUUAUCGCAUUGUCCAGUUUACGGGCAUCUGUAUAUUCAUCUGGCAGAGUGGAGGGUUUGCGGUAUCGGACCCACUCUCUGGCAGGCAAUUUGUCAAAGCAGUGUUCCAGCAGGAAAAUCUGCAGCACCUCUUCCCCGGAUACUGCUUGGCACCUCGCCAUCCAGUGGGCAGCUGUGCGGUGCACUCGACAUGCCCACUCCACGUAGGAGUCGCCAGCUUGCUUAGUUAUUUCCCGGAACCUCCGACGGUAUGCCUCUGGGGUCACCGCAUACCUGGCCAAAAGGGCAUCUUUCACUGCCCGGUAACUGGUAAUCUCCUCUUCUGGGAUGGCCCGGAAGGCUUCACUGGCCCGGCCGGAUAGUUUCCCAGAGAGGAUAGUGACCCAUUCAUCUGCGGGUACCUGGUGUAGGGCACACUGUCUCUCGAAAUCAGCCAGGAACCUGUCAAUCUCUCCCUCUGCUUCAACAAAGUUUUUAAAUGCAGCAAAGGGUACCUUCUUUCUUCCAAUAUUAUUAUUGGGUACCUACGCUGCUGCAGCUCCUCUUUCUUGGAGCGCCUGGUGUGCCCUCACUGCUGCUUGCACCCGUUCCACAAAGUCCGCUGUAGGGUUGAGGCCAAAGUGUUGCCAGCCUUAUCUGGACUGCCCAGUUGAAUCGGAUUUCCUCGGGUGUUAGGUCCAAGAUGCUGGGCACGUUAGUUCUCUCCGUUCCUUGCGCUGCAUCCAUUUCAAGUAGCUGUGCAAUAAUCUCCCAUUUUUUAAGAUUGCUUGUUGACCGUCCUCGGCGUUCUAGUAUGUCUUUAAGGGUAGCAUGCCUCAUACUGCAUUUCCACCAGCCUGGGAUGUGUAGCUGUCCUUCUGGGUGGUGGGAAUAAUCCCGUCGCUUGCCACCAGUUGUUAAGACACGCCCGGCAUAAAGGAGUGAAAUCUCAGUUUAGGAGAGCUUCCCCUUUCAGAGAUACAGGCACGGCUACUUUAGACCCCAAACUCCCGAACUAGAACCAGGGGAAUGCGCCUAUCUCCCGAACAGCAUACUUGGUAAUACUCCAAACUCCCGAACAGUAAUCCCCCGAAUCACUAGAUAACAGCCGAACCAAUACAACAUCCAAGCGGCUUACAUUCCCAGCAAUCAGUCUCUAUCCGUGUAUAGUAACACCCCCCCCCCCAUCACGAGACCAAGCUCCGUAUUGAGGUUAAAACAAGAUCUGGCUUUAAUGAGGGCUACCUGCCCAUAUUUAUGCAGAUCUCCCACUUGGUGGACACUCCCCUAGGGGACCAAAUGGGAGACUGUAACAAAAGUAUCAGACAGGUAUCAGAUUGGGACAUACAGUCACAAUACAUCUCCACAAUGCAUCCUGGCUUCCUCCCCUCUGCCUUGGAGAUAAUUGAGAAGUAAUUCAAUUAUCUCCCAGGACAGGGGCAAAUCGCCAUUUCACACGUGGGGACCACAGGAUAGAGAAUUACUUUAAAAUGUACAGUGUUACAAAUGUUACAAUAAAUAUAGACAUGUAACAUGUCCCCAGAUAGCUCAGGUCUGAGCGUACAUUAUUAGGUGAAUGGCGCUCAGACCACACGAAUACAGUUUAAUCGCCAUGGAGCCAAAGUUUUUAAUUCCACGAACAGGCUCCAUGGCAUAGCUAUCUGGGUACUUUCACAUAGAUUGUAAUAUAGAGCUCAGAGUCCCGAAUGCUCCGCCGUUCGGUUCACGAACGGAGCUGAAGACCCGUAGGCUGGUAGCUCAGCGGUGCUUGGAAGGAAAAGUGUCCUCUUUUGGUGUACUGAAGGUGGGCAGAACAAUGCUGGCUGCCCGGGGAGCUCGAUAACACUGUCAUCAUGUGGCGGUUAUGUGUAACCGCGACCACCCAGUAACAGCUUCCCGGUGGUCGCGUAAUCGGUAGCCGUUCGGGAAACAAGGGGGCUGUACGGGCAAAGAAAUAACCGAACAAGGAGACGAAUGGAGGGAGGAGAAACAUAAUCCAAAGACAGACGGUUCUGUCACAUAUCUCUUCUUUCUUCCUUCUUUCUUCCCCUCAACCAUUCUUCUGUUCAAGUAUCUGCAGAAUAUGCUAAUAACUUUGGAGAUGCUCUUUUACAGGCACUAUGGGUAGCCGUCUCAAGCGUAUUAAUGUGGAGAAUACAGAGGAGAACAGACGAUCCUUUCGCGACCUUCUUUUCUCUUCAGAUGCCUCUCUGAAUAAGUAUAUUGGUGGUGUCAUUCUUUUCCAUGAAACACUCUACCAGAAAUCCAGUAAUGAAGUUCCAUUCCCCAAAUUCCUUAAAGAUCUUGGUGUUGUUGUGGGAAUUAAGGUACAUCUCUAUAAUUCUAAUGCACUCUCCUAUGUCACUUAUUUUAAGCAGUGGAAUAAAACCCCAAACACAUCAUCUUCUUAUUUUUCCUCUGCUAAUAUAGGUAGAUAAAGGUACUGCAGCCUUAGCUGGAACAGAUGGCGAGACCACAACACAGGGUUAGUUCCUUAUAACAUGUUGCAUGUUGUGCAUUAUUUAGUUCUGAAUCACUGCUUCAUUUACAAGCUUGAUUUUCCAUUCUCUAAUCCCAGGUUUAGAUGGACUUGCAGAACGAUGUGCUCAGUACAAAAAGGAUGGUGCUGACUUUGCCAAAUGGCGCUGUGUGUUGAAAAUUUCUCACUCUGCUCCUUCAAGUCUUGGUAUUUAUGAGAAUGCCAAUGUCUUGGCACGAUAUGCCAGCAUCUGCCAGCAGGUGAUUAUAGUAAAAUAAUUGUUCGAAUGUGCAUAAGAUGAUACAGUGAAGGGAAGAAAAAUACUUAACAAUGGCACAGUGGAUAAGCUACAUGGGCCAAUUGGCUGUUGUCAGUCACAGCAGGUGUUCAAAAACACAGCUGUAAAAUGCAUAUUUUUAUAUUCUCAAUUUUAUUUAUAGGACACUUUAAAGGCUUCAGGCACCAAAUUACUGCAUGAUGUAGUGGGUUUGUUAUUCGAGAGUUUUCUUUAAAGAAGCAUUCAUGGUCUUUUACAUAUUUUAGCAAAAGGCAAGUGUUUCAUUAAAAGAAUAAUUAUAUCUUAUACCCUUUUGGCUUUACACACUCCCUUCUAGCCAUUCUAUAUUCAUACCAGCAAUGGGAGCUGUGAUAGACUGAAAGCGGUCAUCUGAAGCUCUCAGCCAAUCACAGCCACCCAUUAGCGCUAUCAGCACAGAGGGGAUGGGCUGCUGGGGACUCUUGUUUAGCAUUAAAUGCGAUUGUACACUGAAUAGAAGGAUGGUGCCAAGGGCCUUCAGACAUUAUAACCACUUUAACGAGAUGAAGUGCCCAGUGUCCCUUUUAAUUAUAUGCCUUGUUUGCCAAACCUCAAUUAUUCCAAAACAAAAAAUCCUUCCUUAUCUGCUCACUUACCAAUGUAUAUAGAGCUCAGUCAUUGGCUGAGCUGAACUGUAGGGAGUGAAGCAGCCUGCACCAGAAUAAACUAACACAAAGACAUACACAUUCAGUUUUGAACUUGUAAGCAAAUACUGCAUGUUUAGGUCAAAAACUGUCAAAUGUGUUAAAAUUGAUUUGGUGCUUGGAGUGCUCCUUUAAAGUGGCCGAAUGGGCUUUGCUGUUUUAGUAUCUGGUGAGCGCAGAGUGCAGGAAAAAGUGUUAAGUUUUAGUUACCUGAAGCUGUCCCUCGAGACUGCCACCAAUUGCACCUGUUGGAUCCUCUUGCUAUUCUAUUCAGCAUAAAGCUAAUUUGUAGGUGGUGGUCAGGCAGCUAUGUUAUCAUAAUAAUUCUCUAACAUAACAGGACUAUUUUCUAUUCCACAGAAUGGCUUAGUCCCAAUUGUAGAGCCUGAAAUUCUAUCUGAUGGUUCUCAUGACCUCCAGAGAUGUCAGUAUGAGACUGAAAAGGUGAGAACAAUUUUUAUAAUGUGUAUGUUCACUAUUCCUCAUAAAAUGAAAGAAUUGUUAAACACCAUUUUUUUCCAAAUACGACAUGAGUUUUCCCAAAGGCUGUUUAGUACUUGAACAGCUCUUGACCAGAAUGUUAUCAGUAACUAUGAUGCUAUAGGUCCUAAAUAGUUACGUAGUUAGUUACAUAGGCUGAAAAAUGUGUCCAUCAAGUUCAGCCUUCAUCACGUUUGUUUUUUGCUGUUGAUCCAAAAGUAGGCAAAAAAACUAAAGAGAUUAAAAUUUGUUAACCUUUCGUUAUAGCUAAAAUGUUCCAUCACUUUUAUUUAUUUUGUAACCCGCCUCUGCACACAUGAUACCCUUCUUUAGAACAGGUGCCCACUAUUGCACAGCAUAUUCAAGAUGUGGUCUUACCAGUGAUUAAUAAAGAGGCAAAAUUAAGUAAUGCCCUCUUUCAUGGAUGACAAUAUCUUACUGGCCUUAGCCACUACUGAUUGACAUUGCACAUUGUUUCAUCGUUUGUCUAUAACAAUUCCCAAGUCCUUCUCGUGUGUUGUUAUCUGUUACGGUACCUCCAGUAAUAAAAUGCACAAACCGCCGUUUAGUGAAUGCUCCCCGUUCGCAAUAAUGUGGUCUGGUAGCGUGUAUAGUAAAACCAUGCGAACCGCCAGUUAGGGAACACUCCAAACUCCCGAACGGUACCUGUAUGGCUCUUUCCCUUCACGAGCUCCAAAUCCACGAACUGCCAAUAUUAGCCGAACGCCAAUAUCUUCCAAGCGGCAAAUAAUUCCAAUAAGCAGUCUCUAAGCGCUGGUAAUAAAAUCCCCCCAAUAACGAGACCAAGCUCCGCUUUGAGGGUAAAACACAAACUGAUUUACUGUGGGCUACCUGCCCGGUAUUUAUGCAGGUCUCCCACUUGGUGGACACUCCCCUAGGGGACCAAAUGGGAGACUGAAAGGACAGAAGGACAUGGGGACAUUUUGGACAUACAUCCCCACAAUAUUCCCAGCAUGCAUCACAGUUCCCUCCCCUCUGCUCGGGAGAUAAUUGGGAAGUAAUUCAAUUAUCUCCCAGAGCAGAGGCAAAUCGCCAUUUUAAAUACAAGUCAUAAAACACAUAAAAAUCUAUAACUUUAUAACUGCUGAACAUAUUGCAUUCGUGUAACACAUCCCCAGAUAGCCUGGAUCUGAGGGCAUAUUAUUGGCGAAUAGCGCUCAGAUCCCAUACGCAUAGUUCAAUCGCCAUGGAGUCAAAGUCUAUUACAGUUCUUCGGUAUGCGAUUGACUCCAUGGGAAGGCUAUCUGGGGUAAGUCCAUUCGUGUUGUUGAAUCUCCCGAACGGCCGGCAUUCGUAUGCUUUUGUCGAUUGAGAAGGGGAGGUCGACGGCUUCAGCGGUGUUCGGUUGAAAAAGUGUCCGUUUUCAGUUCCAUGAAAUAACCGUCGAACACCGCUGGUCUUUCGCAUGGUUAAAAUGGCCGCCGCCUCGUGGUCGACAUACGAACGACGACCACCCGGUAUUCGGUUUUAAUUGAGAAGUGUCUGUGGUUAACCGCAACAUUCUAAUUGGGAUCAAUAGGUUAACCAGCAGCACACUUCUCUUCUGGGUGGCCGUCCGUUCGGUAGUUUCGUUCGACAAAAACCGACAUUCCCUUAAACAAAGCAUACGAAUGGGGGAAUUCAUGCAACCGGCAAAACAGACGAACACAGUACUUUUAGUCCAGGCAGAUGGGUCUGUCACAUUAUCCCUAUAGAAAGAAAUGGAACUAGUGAGGUCAGAGAUCCGCCUGAAACAGGAGUUUCCUCCUGUUUCAGGCGGAUCUCUGACCUCAUUAGUUCCAUUUCUCUAAAUUUAAAAAAUCAUUAUAGGUAAUAAUAUUUAUUAUUAUGAAUAUAACCGACACACAAACAAACAAAAAAUGUGCAACCUAAAGUAAAUAAAAAUAAUAAUCAAAAAUGUUAAUGAUAACAAUUAAAAGGGAAUGGAGACCUAGAUGGCUAAAUAUAGAGCUUGAGUGAAAAUUUAUUAUUAUUUAUAAAGCGCCAACAAGUUCAGUAGUGCUGUACAAUGGGUGCACUAACAGACAAGUAGAUGUGCCCAGACAAGUUGGACACACAGGAACAGAGGAAUUGAGGGCCCUGCUCAAUGAGCUUACAUGCUAGAGGUAGUAAGGUAAUGUGACCCAAAAGUUAAGGGUAGGGUAGAAAAGUAGGUUGCUGGGAUAGUGUUUGUGAAGAAUCACCCUCCACUCAUGCGGUUCUCUCCCUCCCUGCUACUUUAUUCAUUGGAUUUGUUACCUUUAUUGCUGGUAGAUUUGUUACUUUCAUUUCGUUAAUUUCUCUUGUUCAGUAAAAUAGUCAGCAUACCGAACGAGGACCACCCUGGGUAGCAAUUAGAACUUACAACUCUGAGUAACUUCACGAAAACCGCAAGUUAAUUGACUGUUCCGAGGUAGCUGCCAUUUUGGCAUACGAACUUGUGACGAGAACAAUGGAUGGCGGACAGCGGGACUUGGCCUGUCCCCCUCUGGAAGUCCCAUACGAACCCCUUCUAAAUACGGCAGAAGAACGGCGCUCGGGAGUUUGUAACAGAUGAAUGAGGGAAGCAUUCUCCAAGAACCAGAUUGAAGAUAUCUACAGCGGUUUUCGUACAAAUUUCAUCCGAACGGAGACCGACUCUUGCCCUGAUUCUAUGGAACUCUGAGUCGGCUACAAUCUCGUGGCGAGCUGGUCAAACUUCCACGCAGUGUAACUUCAAAACUACCGAACGGAUUUUCACCGAACGGUGAAAAACUACUGAACGGAUUUUCACCGAACGGUGAAAAACUACUGAACGGAUUUUUUUUAAAAUAUGUUGCUCACAUCACCCUCAGCUACCCAGGGAUAUGGUUUUUAUAUUAAUAUGUUCUGUAUAAAGUAUAUUUUUAAGAAUUGUGAAAAAUUUUAACUUUUCUGGCCAGUAGAUAACUGUGUUUGAUAAGUUGCUUAAACUCCAUUACCUAGCCUGGCCCAGAGGAGGAGUUAUGUGUUGCAUAAAUUGAGCACCCUUGUUUCCAGUAAAUCAGUCUUGUUCCAGCAUUAAGCUUUGGCUCAUGUGUGGAUUAUUCGGCGAUACCAGCGAUUACUUGGCUAUUUUAUUUUAUGGGAAAAAGGGAAUGAUUGACGGGUCACAGGAUUAUACCGUCACAGUGUUCAUUCAGGGCUUGUUUUGUUUUGAUUAGUUUCAUGAAAGUAAUCAGGGUGCGGGGAGGGGAAGCUGUUCACAGUUUAAUUGAUAUACUUUCCUAAAGAAGUAAGUUUUCAAAGAUUUUUUGAAGGAGUGGAAAUUUGAUGAAAGUCCAACAGAGAGGGGAAGGGCGUUCCAUAGGAACGGUGCAGUCCUAGAGAAGUCUUUAAGGUGAGCAUCAGAGGUAGGAGUAUGAACAGAGGUUAGACAUAGGUCUCUGGCAGAGCUUAGGGGCCUAGACGGGAAAUAUUUGUAUAUUCGUGAGGAUAAGUAGGCUGGAGCAGCAUUGUUUAUAGAUUUGUAAUCCAGUAUCAGGAUCUUAAAUUGAGUCCUAUAUCUCACGGGAAGCCAAUGGAGGGACUGACAAAGGGGGAAGGUAUGGGAGGUGCGGGAGGACAGAAAGGUGAGCCUCGGGGCAAGUUGGGAAUAUGUAAGACCACUGAGAAGCAAAUUACAGUAGCCAAGACGAGAGAGGACAGUGGCAUGGACAGGACCUUUGCCUUAUUAGGCGUUAAAUAGGUGCGUGCAAUAUUUUUGAGAUGGAAGCAGCAGGAUUUGGCGAUUGAUUGGACAUGAGGGGUGAAGGAGAGGUCAGAGUCAAAGAGAACACCUAGGCAGCGAGCCUUAGAGGUAGAGCGGAUGCCUGGGUAUUCUAUAUGAGGCUGAUCCUGUGCAAGCAGCACCACAGCCAAGAGGUACGGGUGAAUGGCCAGGUAGCUCAAGGCCUGAGGGACACAGACGCUACCAUCACUCUGAUGCAAUGGCAUUUGGUCAAACCAGAGCACCUGUCCAACCGCACCAUUGCUGUUCGUGUCGCUGUAGGAGCUGUCUCCUGCCUCCCUACUGCCCGAGUACACCUGGACUGGGGAGUCGGAUCUGGAAAAACCACUGUGGGGAUUAUGGAAAAUUUGCCUGCAGAAGUCGUGCUGGGCAACGAUAUUGGCCCACUGGCUUCUGCCUAUUUACCCACCAACACUGCUACCGCUUGCCCAGUGACCACUCGAUCACAGACCCGUGUUGCCGAGGACCCUACACCCGGAAUAGAGACCUAGGUAAGCACCCCACCGACAAUGGUACCCUAAAAGCACAAAGCACCCCACCGGCAAUGGUACCCUAAAACAGUUACUGCUGACCUUUACAGAUGAGUACAGAGACUGGGAGCAAUUUCUACCGCACCUCUUGUUCGUGUAUCGAGAGUUGCCCCACGGGUUCUCCCCUUUCGAACUGCUCUAUGGAAGGAGGGUGCAAGGACCCCUCGACCUCAUCUGUGAGCACUGGGAAGGGGAGAUGGAACAUGAGGGGAUCCACCAUUGUGCUAUACGUUCUGGAGAUGCGGGACCGCAUGGAACAGAUGGCCCGAGACCACCUCCAUGUGGCCCAGGGCCGACAGAAACGAUGGUACGACUGGGGUGCCCGCCAGAGGUCAUUCCAGGUGGGACAGAAGGUCCUGAUACUUAGACCAGUCAAUGGGAAUAAGCUCCAGGCCUCCUGGCAGGGCCCUUACAAGGUGGUGGCGCAAAUCUGCGACACCACCUAUAUGAUUGGCAGCAAUAAGGAUGAAAGGGUUCAGAAAUCCUUCCAUGUUAAUCUCCUGAAAGAGUAUCAGGAGAGGCCAGAGGAUAUUGCAGCCAUAUGUAUCCUCGCUACAGAAGAAGUUAGGAGUUAUAGAGCCAUCUGACAGCCCCUGGGCCUCUCCAGUUGUUUUGGUCCCCAAAAAGGAUUGAACCACACAGUUCUGUGUCGACUACAGACGCCUCAAUGACCGUACAGUGACCGAUGCUUGCCCAAUGCCCUGAGUGGGUGAGCUAUUAGAUCGCAUUGCCAGGGGAUGCUAUCUGACCACUAUCGAUCUGUGCAAGGGAUACUGGCAGAUCCCCCCCCCUGGCCAAGGAGGCUAUCCCCAAGUCGGCAUUCGUCACCCCAUUUGACCUGUACCAAUUUAGAGUCAUGCCAUUUGGGAUGAAGAAUACCCCAGCCACGUUCCAACCCUUGGUGGAUAGGCUCCUUGAUGGCUUUCAGGAUUUUUUUUUUUGCUUGUGCGUACCUGGAUGACAUUGCGAUCUAUAGUGAGACAUGGGGAGAGCAUUUGAAGCAUGUAGAGGCUACUGGACUAGAUUCAGGCAGCAGGCCUGACUCUGAAACCAGAAAAGUGCCACUUGGGCAUGGCCGAAGUCCAGUACUUGGGACACCAGGUAGGGUGUAGGAAGCAGCGUCCCGAGCCGGCCAAAGUCGAGGCCGUGGCCAACUGGCCCACACCCCACACCAAAACCCAGGUACUGGCUUUCCUAGGGAGAGCUGGGUAUUACAGGAAAUUCGUCCCUGACUAUAGCACCAUUGCUAUGUCCCUGACAGACUUAACUAAAAAGAACCUCCCAAGAGUAGUCCUGUGGUCUCCCUCAUGUGAAGCAGCCUUCCAAGCCUUAAAGAAAGCUCUAAUCAACGCUCCUGUACUAUCUGCCCCCGUCCCUAACAAACGAUUUGUCGUCCAUACAGAUCCUUCCAUGUACGGACCUGGGGCAGUUCUAAGCCAGAUCGGGGAAGAUGGAGGAGAACACCCUGUCGCGUACCUUAGCAGAAAAUUGUUACCCAAGGAGGUGAGCUACGCGGCAGUGGAGAAAGAUUGCCUAGCCCUGGUCUGGGCUGUAAAGAAACUCAUAUACAAACACAAAGAUAAAGCACCGCGCUUACAGCAGCAGUGGCUUAGUAUCCAACAGCUUAAAAUACAUAGUAAAAACAAAGAAAACGUUACCUGCGCUCUGGCCUAAAUCCCCAUGUGCAUUUAAACAAAAAUGGAGGCUCUUUAGUUUUAUUCUAAUGGCUAUUUGAAUACAUAAGCUCACCAGCCACGUCAAGGCAAGCCUCAAUAGGUGAGUUCCUACACUAGCCAUUAGAUAUGCUGAUAUCAGCCAAGAGUCUCCAGUGAGACAGGAAGGCCAUUAGAAUAAAACUAAAGAGCCUCCAUUUUUGUUUAAAUGCACAUGGGGAUUUAGGCCAGAGCGCAGGUAACGCUUUCUUUGUUUUUACUAUGUAAAGAAACUCACCCCGUAUUUAUAUGGCCACGAAUUUACCCGCAUUACUGACCACAAUCCCCUUGUUUAGUUGAAUAGAGUGGCAGGAGACAAUGGCCGGUUACUGAGAUGGAGCUUGGCCCUUCAACCCUAUAACUUUUCCAUCCAGUACCGGCCUGGCAAGCUCAACGGUAACGCUGAUGGACUGUCCAGGCAAACCAAACUUAUGCCCUAGCAGCAGCCUGGACAUCCCCAAGUUGACCCAAAAAGGAUCAAGCCGGGUCUGCCGGGGUGUUCCACAAAGGGGAGCCGUGUAACAGAACCUACAAUAUUGCCUGGAGACCUCAACCUUACAGGGUACCCAAAACCCUUUCUUUACCAUCAUUAACAUUGCUUUCUAUCACUGAGAACAAAGACUGUUCGUGUAUUUGCAUUCUCCAAAGUGACUGAUCGUGCAUUUGGCUCUGACUGUUCAAAACUGAAUUUCUUGCUGAACGACCGACCACCCAGAGCAGGAGUGUGCCAGCAAUUAACCCUCUUGACCUGUUAUAAACCGCAAACACCUCAACGUUCCAUUGAAUUAACUGGGUGGUCGGCGUUCGUUUAUGCGAACACGGGGCAGCGGUCAUUUUGUUUAGUUGAACGCACUCAGCGGUGUUUGGUCGUCGACUGCGUGGAACUGUUUUCGGCUACCUUUUUCCACGAACACCGCUGAACUUCUACCUGUGCGUUCGACUGGACUCAUACAAACAAGGCUCUAAUUCGUGAGUUUGUUCAUCCGAACAAACUACAUCCAUUGAUGGCAGGCACGAACGAGUCCGUUCGUGCAUUUCAGACUUAUUACAGAGGGAGAAUAUCCACCUUUUCGCUAACUCCCGAACCACUGGUCCGAUUCUUGCCAUUUUUGGCUAUAUUGUUCCCCUGAAUGUAACUGUUAUUAUAAUGUAACUUUUUAUUAAGAGCCGAUGCAUAAUUUUUAAAGUUAUAGAAAAUGUAUAAAAUCUCUUUUUUAAGCUUGGAGAUAAUUGAGCUGAUAUACCGAUUAACUCAAUUAUCUCCCAAGCCGGAGGGAGGAAUUUACUGUAAUUAAUGGGUGUGCUUUUACUGUACAAUGUUAACUGAUUGGCUGUUGUAUGUCCAUUGUGGUGUGUUACGAUUGCCUCUGGUCUAGCAGGAGGUUGGAUCGCUUAGAUGUCCUGGUUCCCGAAGUUGGAGAGUCGACUUCAAACUGUAGAAACCUGUAAGUGUAGAAUAUCCCACUAGCUAUAGUAAAGCUAGGAUUCCCGGUUCCCUACAACACGAGUCGAGGCUGCGAGUUAAGGGUAAAACGAACGGCUUCCAUCGCUCUCCCUGCUAGCUUCCCCGCCAAGAUACAAGGCCAUUCCUCGGUGUGGAUUUGAUGAAGGGCACAUUGCCUCUCAAAGUCAGCUAAAAAUUUGUCAAUUCCCAUCUCGCUUUCCACGAACGACUUGAAUGCUCCAAACGGAAUCUUUCGUUGCCCCGCAAGCUCCGUGUGGUUGCUGGAUACAGUUGUGGCAGGACCAUGCUGGGCGGUCAUUACGCUAAGCUCGUGGGCUCUAGCUCUUUGUACAUCCGCCUCUGCCAUCAGUUGCUGCACCAGUUCGAUCGAAGGGUUCGGCCCAUAUAGUGGGAGCCUUUCCCUAAUAAUCCUCAUUUUCUCAUCGCUGGGCAUUACCGUGGUCUCUGCCAUGGUGAAGCUCUGAUCUAGCUCAGGUAGAUCAGCAAUCAGCUCUCUUCUCGGACGGUUGCUUGCGUUCCCACCUCGGCUUUCAAGUAAAUCCUUUAAGGUGGUGCGCUUUAGCUUAUCGUAGGCGUUCUCCAUCCAUUCUGUACCUCUCCCCAGGAUUCCAGGAUGAUCCCGCCGCUACCACCAAUUGUUACGAUUGCCUCCGGUCUAGCAGGAGGUUGGAUCUCUUGCAUGUCCUGGUUCCCAAAGUUGGAGAGUCGAACACGGCUUCAAACGUUAGAAACCUGUAAGUGUAGAAUAUCCCACUAGCUAUAGUAAAGCUAGGAUUCCCGGUUCCCUACAACACGAGUCGAGGCUGCGUGUUAAGGGUAAAACGAACUGCUUUAAUGGCACACAGGCAUCACUAUUUAUGCAAAACCCCAGGUCCAGGGACAACCCCCUCUGGACCUGAUGGGAUACAGUGACAAUACGAGCAGUUGACCAAUAGUAAUACAAUGUAUCCUUUGAAAUUGUUACCGCCCAGCUUGGAGAUAAUGAGUCCAGCUGUUGGGACAAUGUAAUUAUCUCCAAGCGCCCCAAUUCCCACGUUUUAUUACAACACAUAAAACUGUAUAAAAUUACAUAACUUUAAUACUUUAACAGACAUAUUUCCCAUUCUACCGUUCAUUAUGUAGCCCAGUUCUGAGCGCAGCAGAUGGAUGAAUAGCACUCAGAACUCACGAAUGAUAUGGCUAGGUUCCUUGAUAUAAAGUCCAUUCGUGUCUUUUGUCCCGAACACAAGAUGGCAGCCAAGUUUUUAAGUUGAUAGAUGGCCAGCGGGACAUGGACCUAAAACCCCUGGAACGAGUAACGGCUGAACAAUUACGCGAAUCUCGCUGAAUUACGCGAAUCUCGCUCACAGUCUUACCGAACGGAGACCACCAUGAAACGGGGUACUUAACUUGCGGUUAACCGCAGCUUCAACGUUCUAAUUGAGAACACACACCAGGAUGCGGGUGGGCCUCGUUCGGGAGUCUUUCGUGAGUUCAGUUCGGUGAAUUAUUACACGAACGAGGCCUCCCGGAGAUAGUCAAUUAUGCUUUUGGUUGACCGCAGACCGCAGCUUCCCGACGGUCAAUUAGCGGCACACUCCGCUCGUGGGGGUGGUCGGCUGUUCGGUACUUUCAAAGAUGACCGGGGUUAAGUGGCGGCACACGCCAAGGGCUGGGUGGUCCGUCAUUCGUAUUCACGAAUAAAGAGUUAUAACUGGUCGGGGAAUGUAUUUGCACGGUCUGAAUACCAAAUAGGGUAUUGGGAAACAAAAAGAAGUACUUCUGCAACAGUAUGUAGGGUUCUUGUAACAUGGUGCUCCACAAGGUCCAGUGGGUGGUAACAUUCCUGUAAAAUCCUGCAUAGAAGCAGCUGCUGUGUGGUCAUUAAAACAGUUCUACUGCACCCUUCAAAACGUAGCUUCAUCUCGUUAUUGAAAGGGAACCUGCUCAGCAUAAUCACUAGCUCUUCCUUUUUUUUUUUUUUUUUUUAUAUUUCUUUAUUUUGUCAUUUAAAAUUUUUAACAUUUGCAUGUGAGGUACCCCAAAGGCAAUCCUCCAGCACAUUGAGACAACCAGAUACAGAAAUAAAUGUUAAAAAAGCAACCAAGAUUAAACAAACAAGCAGAAAAGAAAAAAAAACCAAAAAAAAAAACCCAUCGAUAUAACUGCUAAUAGGAUAAGCUGGCAGUAUAUUGUAAUAAAGGCACUGUCAAAAAUUAGGCACCAAAUGUUUCCACAUAAAGUACAGUGUUUCCAUUGAAAACCAUCGUACACCCGAUGUAUAUUUCAAUCACACUACAUUUGACCACUGCCAAUCGCUAUCAAAAGGAAUUAACACCAGAAAUUUCCGUGGUAUAAUUGUCAGAGCUCUACCUUACUCUCUACUUGGAUCCAGCGGAUGGGAUAGCGCAACUCCAUUACUGCACAGCAUCUUGCCGGGAAGAAGGACGUCUCCAACCGCUGAUACCCCCCCUCCCAUUGGGGUAGCCGUUACAGGAGGGAAGACCAGAAGUUCUGUUUUGGACAGGUUCAAUUUAAAGAAAUGAGCAGCCAUCCAGGUGGAAACAGCAGAGCGGCAUUCAGAGACACUCAAGAGGGGUGGUGAGAAAUAAGGGGAGGACAGAUACAUUUGCCUGUCAUCCGCAUAUAAAUAAGCCGAAGGAGCUGAUGAGUUUACCGAGGGAGGCAGUGUAGAUUGAGAACAAUAGGGGACCAAGGACAGACCCUUGGAACAUUAACAGAGAGGGAUUGGGGAGAAGAGGCAGAACCAGAGAAAGAAAAACACUGAAUGAGCACUGGGAGAGGUAGGAAGAGAGGCAGGAGAGAGCUGUAACUCAUAGACCGAAAUUGAAAUUGUGUUUCAAAAUGAGCCACUAGGGGUGUAGUUAGUUACUGCGUUCUAUAUCUAUACCUCAGGAAGGUAUGUUACAAUGUAACAAGACAUUUAAGUAUUCCAUUCGAGUAGAAGAGCUACAAUUAGAGGACAAAGGACACCAUACGAUUUAGAUUUAUCCAAGAUGGCAGCGAAUAUACAGAGAAGUUAAACCACAGAGUGAGCAGAGGUUAGGUUAGAAUAAUGAUUUAUGUUGUUAUUAUUAUUGCCAUUUAUAUAGCGCCAACAGAUUCCGUAGCUUGUUAUCCCUAAUUCACUUCCAUUAAGGGUAUAAGUUGCUUGUGCAUUCUUUAUGCCUCAGUGCAUAACUUUGCAUUUCUAUACAUUAAAUUUCAUCUGCUAUUUGAGUGCCCAGUCCCCCUUCUAAAUCCUUCUGCAGCAAAGUAAUAUCUUGCUCAAAUUGUAUUACUUUACAGAGAUUUGUGUAUCAUCUGUAAAAACUGAAACAUUUCUUUCAAUGCUUUUUUCAAGGUCAUUUAUAAACAUGUUAAAUAGAAGAGGUCACAGAACAGAACCCUGAGGGACACCACUUGCCAUCUCUGUCCAGCUUGAAAAUGUACCAUUAAUGAAAACUCUCUGUACUCUAUUUUUAAGCCAAUGUUCUACCCAAGAACAAGCAUUUUCAUCUAGAACAUUUUCUUUGAACAGGUUUUUAUUCUAACUUAAAAUCCUUACUCAACAGUGGCCAUAUUUUAAAUGUUAUCUUACUUCCCCCUUUGUUACAGAAGUAUGGAUUCCUCAUGAAUGCAUUAACCAGGCCAUGGGGUCCAAACUCGUAAGGCCUUACAGUUGAUAGAAAAUGUUUUAUUCUUCAUUUUAAACACCAAGAUUUUUCAUUUAUUUUUUCUGUAGAAAAGUAUUGUCUUUGAGGUUUUGUAAACUGUGUGGAAUCAUAUUGGGUUUCUGGACCAUAUCAUAAAGCUGAUGUUUAAAUUCACCUAUUUCAGCAUAGUUUAUAAUUGCAUUUACUGAUUUCUUCAUAAUGGGGUGCUGAAGAAUUUUGUAUUUGUCUUCUCUUUUAGGUUCUCUCUGCAGUGUAUGCUGCAUUGAUACAGCACCAUGUUUAUUUAGAGGGAACGCUCCUAAAACCAAACAUGGUCACCGGUGGACAAUCGUGUUCUGAAAAAUUUACUCCAGAGCAAGUUGCCAUGGCUACAGUUACCGCCUUAAGACGAACUGUCCCUGCUGCUGUACCCGGUAACCUUUUUGCUUGAAUUCUCUCUGUCAGUGACUUGCUGUUCUGCACCAUCUGAUGGAAUAAGCCAGUAUUGCAUUUUAUAUUAAAGGGUCACCCCAGACCACUAAACAACUUUAGUUAUGUGUGAAGAAUGUGUGCUGUUUUUGUUGUUGUUUUGUUUUCAAUAGAAAUUGUCACAUUUAUAAAUUACCUUGGCUUUUAAGCAGACAAGCAGAUCAUUUACACGCAAUGAAAAAAAUGCAUAAUUAAAUUUAAUAAUUAAACUAUUCAUUUUGGGUAUAUCUACUAAAUAUUGUUUUAUAUUUUGUAUUUGGGUAGUGGAGUGUACCUUUAAGAGCAUUUUAUUUAAAAAUUACACAAGUAUUACAGCCUAUAUUGGUAUUGUCUGUCAGUGUAUUAGAGCUCCCUUUUUAACCUACAUUUCAUCAAUGUUCAUGAGCUGAUACUAGUUUAACACGUGGCAAAUGUUUCUGUAAGAGUUGUUUAUAAUUAAGCUUUAGAAUCUCACUCUUCAUCACAUGGCUGAGAUAAUCAUGUUAAUCCUUCAAUGUAAAGUUUGCCGUUCUUGAAGAACUGCAGUGAUUUCAGUUUCAGGGUUACAAUGACACGGAGGUGGCACCUAGAGCACUUUGAGAUGAAGUAGUCUGGAUGUCUGUGUGUCUCUUUUAAACUCUAAACUACAAAAAAACACCUAAUCUUAAAUUUAAGUGGCUUUGUCACCUUACCUAAGUCAAUCCUUUAUUUCUAUUUUUACUAGGUCUGCCUAAACUUGAAAAAAGGUGUGUUGUUGGUUGAUUUAUUUAUUUUCUUUUGGUCAAGUUUUUAUAAUUCCCCCUGUCGUCACUUGUGAUUGCAGUGGGGAAAAUGCCUUGUCUAUAGAGGCUCUCGUGGUAUCCUCCAUAAACAUCAGUGUUGUACUCUCGUGAUUGCACAAAAGUACAGUACUGAUGCAGGCUCCUGGCAAAUGAAACACUAGGAGCUGAAGCCGACCCAUUGAUUGCUGAUGGCGGCAGCCGCGAGGGAUGGCUUAAGGUAAGUAAAACUUACUUUUCCCCUAAACCUCAGUGCCAUGCUGCAAAUGGCGAUGUCAGCAUUGAGGUCUUUUCAAAACAUGCAAAGUACACAAAGCCACUUUAAUGUGCCUUUCAGUCCAGAAAAAAAAAAAAAACUUUUAUUGUUAGAGACACUUUAAAGAACUGUUAAAGUAGGUCUUAGGCAUUAUAUAAACAGUCACAUGUGGGUAUGAGUAAAUAACUUGUCUAAGUGUAGAACAAUUGGCAUGGGAAAUAGCAUAUUCCAGUUUUUAAAUCUUCCCCAAGAAUUGUUCCAUAAUCAGAACCUCCAUGGUGUCUCAUAUGUUAGACCAAGACACUAACAAUUUUACAUACAGGAGGUUGUGGUGAGGUUACCACUGAUACUUCUUUUAAUAUAUAUAUAUAUAUUUUUAUAUUUUAACAAAAACAACUGUUUUCAAAUUAUACUGUCGGGUUGGGGUGCAGUGGGACUGUUAAUCCCUUUUAAUAAAUUUAAGCCCCAACGCAGUACCUACGGGUUUGGGGACACAGGAGUGGGACUGGUGUAAAACUGCAAAAAUGGUUUGCUGUGACAUGGUGUGGGGGAUUCAUAGCUCCAUACCUACUACAGAGGGCCAUAGUUGUAGUGCUUAAGGUGCCUAUGUAAGUGUGACGAGACCAAUCUCGCCACAUUGCAUUGGAGAAGCCUGGUUACUCGCCUGUUGCAUUUGGAUUAUGGCCCCAUGUUAAAAGGCUUUAUUUUCCCCUGCAAAGACAUGAAAGCCGGGUUAUUUGGUGCUUGCCCUGUUUGAGCGGUGAUACCCCAGAUAGCUAUGCCAUGGAGCCCAUUCGUAUAAUGAAAGACUAUGGGAAAGACUUUGGCUCCAUGGCAAUUGAACUGUAUGUGUGUGCUCUUAGCGCCAUUCAGUAAUAAUGUGUGAAAUCUGGGGAUAUGUUGAAUGUACCUGUUUUGUGCAAUGGCUGCAAAGUUAUGUUUUUAUGUGUUUUAUUGUCUUUUGCUGCCAUGUGUUCAGUGGAGUUUUGCCUCUCUCCUUGGAGAUAAUUGGAUUACUUACCAAUUAUCUCCAGGAUAGAAGACUCUGUGGGACUGGUUUUGGGCAGAAAAGCCAUGCUUCCUUUGGUCACAAAAGACUACGAUCCAUCUUUUGAACCAUUGGACCAAUUUGACGUAUGUUUGUAUUUGGAUUAUGCUGAUUCUGAAAAUGUAAGUUAUAUGUGAAUGUGAUGCAUACUUUUCAAGUUAUGAAUAAUGUGGAAAAAUUGUAUUUCUCUGCUUGUGCUAAUUACAUUACCCAUUGUGUGAGGUAAUUGUAUCACAGGCAGAGGGGAGGAUUUUGUGUGGGAGUGUCUGAGUGUAUUGUAUGUGUUUAUUGGUUGUGUUCCAAAACCCUAUGGGUGGUACUAAUGUGUACAUAAGCACAAUAAACCCACAGCUCUGUCUGUUCACUGCUUGACCCUCAACACGGAGCUUUGUCUCGUUCUUGGGGGGAUAUACUGUAUGCUGUUCCAGUUUGACUGCUAGGAGUGUAAACCAAUUCGGAUGGUUUUUCCUAUUCGGCUGUUUACAGCAUUCGUAUGGUUUCCUGUUCGGCGGAUUGGUGUUCUGCAGUAGCUGUGCCUGUGUCUCUGGAAGGGAAGAUCUACUAAACGGUGGUUUAACCCUUUUAUGCUGAGGGUGCCGUUACAGUAAGCAUUAGCUUAAAGUAAAAAACCUUUAUUAUUUUUAUUUUUUAAAACCAUGAGGUCCACAUUGCUUUGCUAUUACUUCUUGUAAGACAGGUCUACAUUCUUGUUGACAGAUUACAUGAAUGCUGUUUUUGUUUGUUUUUUCAGGUAUUUGUUUCCUCUCAGGAGGUCAAAGUGAAGAAGAGGCCUCUCUAAAUUUGAAUGCUAUGAACCGAUGCACCCUUGCCCGUCCUUGGCGUGUAUCUUUCUCCUAUGGACGAGCUCUACAGGCUUCUGCCCUUUCGGCUUGGCUUGGAAAGCCUGAGAAUAAGAAGGCUGCACAGGAAGCUUUCCUUAAAAGAGCACAGGUCAAGUUAUUACUUUAACACAUAUUAUAUAAUAUAUUUUUUUCCCUGCUUUUUUUCUUAUAUGAAAAACCAGCUUGUGAAAGUUGCAGACCUCCUGACUGCAGACUUUAUACUCCCCUUUUUCUCCAGCACAAUCAUUCAGUCUGUCAGUGAAUACUCCAAUUAGAGGCUGUGAGUGUGCAUGUAGCUUUUCUUCCUCCCUCCCUCUCUUAACCCCUUAAGACCGGAGGGCGUACAAUUACGCCCUAUUUUAAGCGGCUCUAAACACCGCCGGGCGUAAUUGUACGCCCUCCAGUCUUUCUUUACUUAUCGCGGUGGGGGGACGACUCCCAGGGAGCCCCCACCCCCCGCGGUAGAUCCUCUUCCUCCGGUGCCCCCCGGCCAUGUGAGAGUGAGGUCCUUGCGAGCACAAUCACAUGGCCGGGGGUAGCUGCCUCCUGCAUUGCCAGCAGGGGGGCUGCCUGUAAUGACAGGUGGUCCCCCUGCUGGCUGGAAAUGAAAUUAAAAUAAAUGAAUUAAAAAGUAAAGUGUAAAAAAAAAAUUUAUAUAAAUAUCAAAUUACACGUAGACUGUUACUGAUUAAAUAUAUAUAUAAUUAUUGUUAUAUAUAUAUAUAUAUAUAUUUAUAAUAUAAAAAAAUUUAAUACGUGUGUGUGUGUGUGUGUGUAUAUAUAUAUAUAUAUAUAUAUAUAUAUAUAUAUAUAUAUAUAUAUAUAUAUACACACACACACACACACACACACACACACACACACACACAUUAAUUCUACAUAUAUAUUUAUGUAAUAUUUUUACAUAAUUAGGUAUUUUAAUUAAUUACAAUUAGCGGGACCUGCCUGACAACCCAUGCCGAAAGUAAAGGGAAUUUAAUUUGCUAGCACUAUAUUUAACCCUAUAACUUUCCAAGACACCAUAAAACCUGUACAUGGGGGGUACUGUUCUACUCGGGAGACUUCGCUGAACACAAAUAUUAGUGUUUCAAAACAGUAAAAUGUAUUACAACGAUGAUAUCGCUAGUAAAAGUGACGUUUUUUGCAUUUUUCAUGCACAAACAGCACUUACACGGACGAUAUUAUUGCUGUGAUACUUUUUACUGUUUUGAAACACAAAUAUUUGUGUUCAGCGAAGUCUCCCGAGUACAACAGUGCCCCUCAUGUACAGGUUUUAUGGUGUUUUCAAAAGUUACAGUGUCAAAUAUAAGGCAUGCGUUUCAUUUUUUUCACAUUAGAAUUCGCCAGAUUGGUUACGGUGCCUUUGAGACCCUAUGUUAACCCAAUAAUGAAAAUUACUGUAACGGAUUACCUGGCACCCCGACUGGGUACCUCCAUUGAUGGAUGCUCCUAGCACUCUAGUCGACACCACAACCACCGCAGGCAGAACCUCUCUUCCUUCAGAGCAAAGCAGGUACAAGCUCUUAAAAGAGCUUAGGAGUGAUUAUAACAAGGGAAUAUGCAGAGCAUGGCAAUCCCUUGUAGCAGAUUCCCCCCAAUAAGAGACAGAACUCCAAAUUGAGGUUGAAGUUGAACUGUCUAAAACUUUAUUUUACUUGGUACUAGCCCAUAUGGUCAUUACAUUAACAUUGCUGUGAAAACUCAAUAAAAUUACAAACAAUCAAAUCAUAGCAGGCAACAUACAGUGACUUAUUAUAACAUAUAUUAUAAAUGGGUGGGGAAGACCAUAAUUAACACAAAAUGUCUCUCCUGCAUGCAGAAUUAGCAAUAUGCAAAUCUACCCGAAUAUGCAAAUUACCAGACUUGCUAUUCAGGUAGUUCAUAUUACUGUUGCUACCAACACAGGGCACUACACAAGCUCCAUAGCCAAAUCCAUCUAGUUGGUAGCAAUCCUCAGCAGUACAGGAGAGCAGGCAAUACAUCCCAGGGGCCAUAGUCACAUGGCAGGAGGCUUGCAAUCAGUCUUCUCCAAUGCCCAGUGGCGAGGCUGGUUCCGCCACAAUUGCCCCUAUGAUGGCAUGCCAUUUGCAAUAGUAGACAACCCAAGGUAUUGCAAACGGGGUAUGUCCAGUCUUCUUUAGUAGCCACUUAGUCACAAACACUGGCCAAAAUUGGCGUUUUUUGCAUUUUUCACACAAACAAAUACUAACGCUAGCUUUGGCCAGUGUUUGUGACCAAAUGGCUACUAAAAAAGACUGGACAUAGCCAAUUUGCAAUACUUUGGGUUGUCUACUAGUGCAAAUGGUAUGCCAUGGUGGGUGUAAAUUUCAUUCCCGGGCUACUAUAAAGUCCCAAAGGCAACGUAACCAAUCUGGCGAAUUUCAAUUUCAAAUGUAACGUGCUAUAUUUGACCCUGUAACUUCCCAAAACGCCAUAAAACCUGUACAUAGGGGGUACUGUUUUACACAUGAGACUUUGCUGAAUACAAAUAUGUGUAUUUUAUUGCAGUAAAAGCAAACAGUAUUAUGACAUUGACAGUUAAAAUGUCAUGUAGAACUAAAAAAUCUUAUUUUCUCCCAUUUUUUUCAUAUUAAAUUAUGUUUCAUAGCUAAAUAUUUGAUAUUAAAUGAAAGCCCUGUUUCCCCUGAAUAAAAUGAUGUAUAAUAAGGGUGGGUGCAUUUACUAUGAAAGAGUUGAAUUACGGUUGGACAGACAUGUAGCGCAAAUGCCAGGUUUUGUUUACAUUUUGUUUCGUGCACAACGUGUACAUUUGGCUCCGUCCUUAAGGGGUUAAUUGAGAAGGGAGAAUGGAAGCACACAAGCAUAGCACACCUGUUGCUUCUGUUAGCGCUGUGGAACUAGCAGAAGAAAUCCUCACUUUCUUUCAGAAUGACAACCAGGGAAGUGUUUCUGCCUUUAGAUAUAAAACUGCCAAUUAUGCCUGUAUACUUAAUAUUCAGCAUUUUUCCCUGUUAUUAUAGUACAUUUUUAAGUUGAUUUUAAGGCAAUUCUCUUCCCCCUAGAACCCUUCAAACAUUACCCAGAUUGCCGUUGGCUCCACUUCUUCUCCCCCGUUUUGCUGCACCCUUUGGAAUGCUUUCUCUGUCUGUAGCAUUAACAAAUCAGCUUUCAUUUGUGACUUCUUUAUCUCUAACUCCAUCCAUCUGAUACUUAUCUCCCACUCCCCUGACUGUGCUACCCUGCCUCUCUGUCUCAUGGCAGCCUGCAACUCUCACUUACUCCCUAACUGACAGGGUCUCAACUUCCGGUACCUUUAAACUUAUUCACUCUGUACCUUCACCUUCUUUUGAGGUCAUGCGAUCCACCUUUUUUACCCUUUCUCACAAUGCAUUGCGGUAAUCUACCGCCAGCCUAGUUUUGUCCUGGGAUAUGUCUCUGCCUUGCCCCCUCACUUCUGUCCUUAUAGCAAGCUGGGAGCAACUUUGGUUGUUCCCAGCUUGUCAUUGUUUAAGAUAUUUUUUUAAUAAAUGUGCUGAUUUUCAGCAUGUGUGGGACCUAUGAACAUUGUUAUUAUAGUAUGGAAGAUGUGCUUUAAAAAAAAAUAAAAAUAAAACAAAUAGGGAAAAGAUCAUAUGAGUGUCCUCAUAACAAAUGUUUACCGCAUACUCCUGACACAUACUUCAGUUAUGUCUCUAUACUGGUUUCCCGUUUUGUUUAGGAUUCUGUUUUUGUGCUUACAUCUCCUCAUUAAUUGGCAGAUGUGCCCAGACUCUUCAAUUUACCACUUGGCUGUCACACUCCCACCCCAGACUCUCAUCUGCAGGUCGUCUCCAGGGUGGCACUCUCCUUCUCUGCAGUCCUUGGGAAAAAUAAAACACUAUAAACAGCCUUCUUAAUACUUCAUCAUCUACAACCUUCCUCUGUCUACUGUACUCCCUUCUCCCAAACACCCAUCCCUUCCUUGGGUACGAUCAAAUCACUUGAUUCCCUCACUUCACUUUGUGUAUUUGUCUCUCAUCCCCUUGUAUUGUAAGCACAUUUACCUAGGGCUUCAAUUACUUCACCUCCUUUUCCUGUUUGAUAUAUGAGCUUUGUUAGAAUUAAAUGUUAUGUUUUGUACAUCACAAUUUGGUAUAUCUGUAUUGAAAACAUACUUUUGAUGUAUUCCUUGAAAUGUGCCAGCUCUUUAUCUUCUAUCAAGGUUCAGUAUGUCAUAUAGGUUCACAGUAUCAAAGUCGUGUAUUAUAACUCGUUUUGUGUGUUUCCCCCAAAAUCUUGUUGUACUACAAAGAUUUUUGCCUGAUUUGUAACCUAUAAUUUUAUUUUUAUUCUUGCAGAUUAAUAGUCAAGCUUCCCUUGGUCAGUACAUUCCAUCUGGAUCUUCAGAUUCCGUCUCAUCUCACUCUCUUUUCCAGCCCAGUUAUAGCUAUUAGACAAGAGAUCCUGUCCUAUGACCAAACCUAAAAUGCUCUGUGCAGGGAAUCUUUUUUAUUAUUAUUAUUAAUUUUUUUUUUUUUUUUUAUGACUCUCCUAUCUCUAGAAUCUCUGUAGAUAUGUUGCAGCAAUACAAACAUAUUGCGUUAUACCAAAUGGACCAAAUCUAACAGGAGCAGUUUGUAAAACAAUAGAUAUAUUAUACAGGAAAGGUUUGUGCAAUUUGUAGCGAUUCCCCAUCUUAAUAUCAUUUCGAGUUUAAGCAGGAUUAGAAGAGCCAUCUUGUAUCUAUGAAAGAAAAAAAAUGCAACUUUCUUUGGUUGCUCCCAGCUUGUGAUUGAUUAAAUAUAUAUAUCUUUUUUUUAUUUUAUUUUUUUUUUUUAUAAAUGUGCUGAUUUUCAGCACGUGUAGGACCUGUGAACAUUGUUAUUAUAGUAUGGAGGAUGUGCUAAAAAAUUUUUUAAAAAAUGAUCAUAUAAGUGACCUCAUAACAAAUGUUUACCGUACCUUCUCCUGACACAUACUUCAGUUAUGUCAAAUUAAAAUGGUAUUUUACUACUAUGUAGUUUGUUACAUCACCUUCUUUAAGCAACUAUUAUUUUUGUGGUCUGUCUUUUAUUUUUUAUUACAGUAAUUUGUUUU